GCCAGUCGUGGCACCCUGAGAAACCUUGUUGUUGCCUUUCAUUUGAGUUGAAAACAAUUGCAUUGACUUCCAAAAUGGGCUUGCCUACGAUUCGUCACCUAUACGUGCUUGUUGUUCGCCUUUGUCUUUAAAGCGGCGGCCGUGUCAAUGAUGACGCAGCACGAAUUGGAACAUGCGGGCAUUUGAACUCUGCGAGACCUGCGAGACUUUUGCUCUUGGAGAAAUAACGGAGAGAAAGGAAGGCAACGCUGUUUGAAAUAAACGAUUAGAAAUGGGGUUCUCUCGCAUCCAAAAGGCGCUGUUUGCGGGAUUUGCUGGAAGAAGCCGCCUGCGUGUCACUGACGCUCGCCGCGUCAUGCAAAGAGGGCGCCAAACGUCACGUCAGGUGGCCGGGGGCCCCCUCCGCACACGCUUUGCAAAAUUUAAAAGCAAAAGGCUCAAAGUGUCCCCUGCGUGUCAAAGCCGCUUGCUGACGUUUGCUGUAUGUGACGUGCGGAUCAUGAUCUUGCAGGGUACGGCGGGCGGAGCAGCCAUCACUUGCCCACUGCGCUCGCUGCCAGCUGCCUGACCGCGUUCGCCUUGUGCCCUACCUACCUACCUACCUGUCGCCGCCGCCAAGACUUGUUGCGGACUCCGUGCCUGCUUGGAGAGAGAUCGUCUGCAAUGCUGAACCCCAAGAUGCAGCUUGCACUUGUGCUGCUCCUCGAGUUCUUGUGCCUCGCUGCUGCUGCUGCUGCUACCGCUGAAGCCGCACCCUGCUCGUGCGAUGCGGACAACAUAUGCACCUGCAAUGUGGGUCAAAAGCUCGAAUUGCUUUACGACGUUCCGACUUCCAACACGAUCGCCUGGAAGAAGGAUGGAUCAGUUCUCUCCGACACCUGGGCAGUCGUCGACGCCGAUGACUCAAAUAAGAAGGCGACGAUCACAUCACUGAAGACCGGCGACGAAGGGACAUACGCGGCCAUCGACGGGACUACCCUUGUUGACUGUACGGUGAAGGUGUUCUUUGUCAAGAUUGUGGAUCGGGUCACCAGUGUCACGGUCAAGCGUUACACUGGAAACACGGUGGCUCUCCACUGCCUCGUUGGGGAUGACUGGAAGAAAUUCAAAACAUUCGAGUGGAAGAAGGACGACAAGGCCAUCAGUCCUUCAAGCAAGUACAAAUUGAAAAUGAAGAACGCGAUGCUGAUCAUCAUUGGCGCCAGCGCAUCCGACAACGGUGACUACUGUUGCGCUGGCAAAUCAUUCGACGGCGCGCAGAAGCUAUCCGCGACCUUGCCACUCAGGGUCUAGUGAGCAGCAGGGCGCUGCUUGCUCCUGUCUGUCUCGAUGUUAUGAUACGGCGGUGUCAACGUGCAAGAUGACUCUUGGAAAACCGCGAGCCAGCCGGGUCUUGAUGGUCUUCAGCUUGAAGGAAGCGGCAAAGUUGCUUUGCAGCAUCACAGGCAGGAGAGCCUGGAAUGCGCCGCCGCCGCGGGAUUUGCAAACGUUCUUUUUCCUCAUUUUCAUGCAUCAGUUUGAUUGUAGUUUAUGUCGCAUUACGUGUGGUCAGAUGCUGCCUUGCUUCCAAAGGAUUCUCCCAAUUAUGUGCAUGCUCAUGGUUUGAAUCUUUAUAACUUGAAUAAAGGCCAAAUUUGUUAUAC